AUGAAGAGCACUUCAAUUCUUGUUCUGCCGCUCAUUGGCGCCGGCGUCGAGGUCGCUCAGGCCCUCAGCGUGCCGUUCAACAACCUGCUGACUCGAGGCCAAGGCUACAACACCUUUCUCGGCAAGGGCAUGAAGCAUGGCGCAGUCCAAGUCACGAAAAACGCCAAGCGUGGUGACAAGCCUGUGGAGGAGCAGCCCAUGACGUUUGACUUUGAGCCGCCCACCGCCGACAUGUCUGGCGUCAAUGUCGAGGAAUACUUUACGCCGCCGGAUCCAGAUGAGAUUGACAAGAUGCUCGCUGAUGCGGAAGCUGCGGACAAGGAGCAAGGCAAGCCCAAAAGAGGUCUCGUGCUGCGAGACGCCCACGCCGAUUGCGCUGGCAAGGUUGACGCCGAAACCAAUCUUCUGACCAGCUAUGAGAAGUACUUGAAGGCUCUCGACAUUAGUGCUUCGGCUACCAUUUCGGGCUGGGGCCAGAGUGCGUCCAUGUCGGGUAAAUACCUCGACAAGUCUGAGUUUUCAUCGAACAGCUUGAUCUACGUGGCCAAGAUUGAGGUGAAGAAGCAGCAAAAUGUGGAUGACAAGUUCAAAUUCAACGACAAAAUCUACAACAGCGCAACUUUUGAUGCCGACUUUGGCGACCGAUGGAUUCGCGGUUUCGAAAACGGUGGCAAGAUGAUUGCUCGUCUCGUCAUUACCGCCAAAAACAAGGCCAGCACAAAGGACAUUCAGGCCAAUACCGAAGCCUCGUUGAAGUUUUGGGGCGUCUCUGCCGACAUCAACGCCUCGAUGAAGAAGAGCAUGGAUGAGCUGAGCAAGCAGGCCGAGAUCAAGGUUUCGCUCUUCUACCAGGGCAGUCUGGGCAAAGUGCAAGAGGACCAGGGCUCGCCAUCUUCCAUUUCGUCGAGCUCGGCGCAGGAUGCGUUUACGCAGGUCAAGAAGUGGUCCGAUACGUUUCUGAAGAAUGCAUGCGAGCACGACUACGGCUAUCGAGCCCUCCUGGACGAAUACACCACGCUGGAAAACUUUCCUGCUGACCAAAAGGUCAUCAACUAUGGCGUCGCGGAGCAAAUCUCGUACAUUGUCCUCAGGGAGCUCGCCAAAAUUGCAGAGAUGAAGCAGGUCCUCAGCGAAAGCUCCGAGCUCAGCGAGACGGCGCGUCAGGACGUCGAGUUUGCCUACCUCGACAUGGUGGAAGCGUGCCAGCAAUGGACGAGCGCCACCGCCAAGGACCCUAGCCAGGCAAAGACGCAGGCAAAGGCUCUCCUGGAGAAGUUUGGGACCGAAUUUUAUGCCAAGUUCAAAAAGGACGUUGCCGUGGGCGUCAAGGACGGCGAAAAGUGCGGCACGCAGGGCGGCGGCAGCAAGUGCGCCGAGGGCCUGUGCUGCUCGAGCAUCGGCUUCUGCGGCAAGACGGACAAUCACUGCGGCUGGUUUUACGGCGCCUACUGCCAAAGGGAGUUUGGCUCGUGCUAUGACGCGACGGCCUCGGCAGGACAGAAGUGCGGCAAGAAGAAUGGGAACAAGGUGUGCUCGGCGGGCCUGUGCUGCUCUGAGGGUGAGAAUGGCGUCUGCUCAAAGAAGCAUGUCACACCCAACAACAACUAUGGAAAGUGCCCUCAGUAG